AUGCUUCCCAAACCCGACAUCUCAAUAAACCCAAACCCCAUGGAAGCACUCGUCGCCAGCAUCCAAGCGAACCUACGACUCCCACAGGGUCUAAGUUCCCUCGAAAGCCCUGGGAUUCAGAGACACCACGAUAGCGAUAAAGACGGAGAGAACAGCUCGAGUACAAAGCCUUUUGAGUGUAGUAGUUUUGCAAACUACACUGUCCUUGGGUUUGGUAGUAAGCCUUUAUCGGGUAUAGAUGCUUCGAGGGAUAUUUCGGGUGUUCGAGCAGAGGAAGUGUCUGAGGAUGGAAGGCCUAUGGCAAUGCCCUUGCCAAGUAAUCCUAUAUCUUCAGUCAACGCGGAGAAAAGAGCGAUAUCAGGACAGGAACUUGAUCCAACAGAUUCGGGUGAGGUAUUUGGACAAAGAAAGACCAAGGCUUCGACAUCUACAUCACAAAACAAGUCAACUACCACAAGUGGUGCAACGGAUGAUACGACAAAAUCGGAACAUGGAUCUCAGCAGGAAUGUGUACUGAAGACGUUAACGCCUCCAGGUUCUAAGAAGAAUCAACCGAUUCUAGAUUCAGGACCGAGAGAUGGUUAG